GUGGUCCUCCAAAUAACGAAUGUCCAUUUUUAAAAAGUAUUUUGCCUCCUUCCUGAAUCAGUCAGCGCCCUCCUGAAACUAAAGCUCAGAAUAAACUAGUUUUCCUAGAUCUGCGUUUUAUGGCAUCUCUUCCAAUAUGAUUUGUUUUAAGCAUCAGGCACUCGGAACCAAAGGACAUAAAAUAGAGAUUAUUAAAACAGAACUUACAUCCAUGUUCGCCGUUUGACUGCUGAAAAGUGAGAUGUCUGAUUUAAUUGUGAGAAAUGAAAUUUUGAAGAGCCACUGUCAGUCACCGUUAUGUCUCCCCCAUCAGUUAUUUCCUGAAACAUGGCAUGAGCUUGACAAUAACCAGCUGUAACUUCAUGAGGGAUCACAGGACAUACAAAAGUUUGCCAUGAUAUGGUGAAGCUGAAGACAAAAGCCAAACUGAUUUUUGCAAUUGCUUUUUCUUGAGAAAAGCACGUUACCUGCCUUAUUCCAGUAUGGCUAAGAGUGCAGAAGUUAAGUUGGCAGUGUUUGGCCGAGCAGGUGUGGGGAAAUCAGCUCUGGUAGUAAGAUUUCUGACCAAACGGUUCAUCUGGGAAUAUGACCCAACCCUGGAAUCAACUUAUCGGCAUCAAGCAACAAUUGAUGAUGAAGUUCUUUCCAUGGAUAUAUUAGACACAGCUGGUCAGGAGGAUGCUAUUCAGAGAGAAGGACAUGUGAGAUGGGGAGAAGGUUUUGUGCUGGUCUAUGACAUUACCGACCGAGGAAGCUUUGAGGAUGUGCUCCCACUUAAGAACUUGCUGGAUGAGAUCAAAAAGCCGAAGAACGUGACUCUGAUCUUAGUGGGAAACAAAGCUGACCUGGACCAUUCCAGGCAAGUUAGUACAGAAGAAGGAGAGAAGCUGGCUACUGACCUGGCCUGUGCAUUUUAUGAAUGUUCGGCUUGCACUGGAGAAGGGAACAUCACGGAGGUUUUCUAUGAGCUGUGCCGUGAGGUCCGGCGUCGGAAGAUGGUCCAGGGCAAGACAAGGAGGCGAAGCUCUACCACACAUGUCAAGCAGGCAAUUAAUAAGAUGCUCACCAAAAUCAGCAGUUAAAGGCUAGGUUUCCUGGAGAAUCUGUGUUAUAUAGCAGGGUUGGCAAUUUGAAAAUGCAAACCAAAUAGUUGUUUCUUGCUCUCUUGCUGUCUUUCGUCCAUGCCUAUUUUUUUCCCUCAUGAAAAAAAAAAAAAAGAAAAAAGAAAAUAUACUAUCAGCUUUUUUUUGGCAAAGAGGGGAUUCUGUCCCCUAGGCUUAUAUACUUCAAUUAUUACAGUGUGUUUAUGCUUUUAAGGUUAUCAGCUUUUCUAUCUGCAUAUAGUGCACUCAAAAAGCAUCAUCUUAUUUUAGAAUAUGAGCAGUACAAAUAAGAAUGGUUAUCUUUCAGAAAUUUACUUCAAAUUAGGACAGUUCUAGGACUGGCAUACAUUCAAAAUUAUCUCUUCCCUUUCCACAGUAGAAUUUGAUUUCCAGUCCUGGAGUGGGUUCUAUCAUUACCUGAUUGACUCAGAUCUUUUUUCAUGAACAUACUAUAUAAACAACUGUGUAAUGAUCAAAAUGAAUAAAACAAGAUCCCUCAUGCCAGAUCAGGGAAUAUUUCUCAGCUCUUUUUUCCUGUACCCUAAAUAGAGAUAAAAUAUAUCAUAACUGAAAAUCUUUCAGACCCUUCUUCAUUGAUGUACUACCCCUUGUCCCUACCUCAUUAAAUUGAAACUUUAAAGUAACUGAUGUUAAAAAGUACUAUUCUUCAUAUCCUAGAUUUGUCUACUUUUUUGGAAAUAUGCAGCCAAUUGACAUUCAGAAUAGAUUUCACAGGAAAAACACAAAUUACCCUGAGUAUAAAGCUAGAGAACUCUUUCUUUUGAAGAUUACUAUGCAAAUAAAUUAAUUUUUAAAAUAUAUCAAGGGAUAUAGGAGCUAUGGGGUUACAUAGCCUUGAAAAUUUGGAAAAAUAGUAAUAGGAAGUAUAGCUAAUAAAAUUAAAAGUAUUUUGGAUCCUAGAUAAACUAAAUUGACGAUCUGAAAUUCAAAAUGACUCCCAGUUAAACUGAAUCUGAUCUAUCUCUCUUUCUAAGCAUCUUUAUUUUAGACCUGGUAGGUCAGAAAUCUUGUGUUCAUUUAUUUCUCAACUAUGUCAUUUGCAAGAAUUAUAAAGAAUACAGAACUUGUACAUUUUUACAAGUAAUAUGCCAAUUAAGACAUAUUCUGACAUGCACAUUAUUAUUUUAGCUGUGGGUUCUCAAAGCUAUAGCCUAUAGAAUGUAUGCUGUCAGAUUCUUCCAAGCUAGAGAGAUUUCUUAUUACUAGAUGAAUGGUAGAUUUUUCCCGAAAGGUUACUAAUUUCAAGGUUACUCAGAAAAAUCCAUCCUCAAAAAAAUGAUAAUGAAUUUUUUGGUUAUGGCAUAUCAUGAAAUCAUAUUUUAAGAUUUGGAAGGGUUAAAAAGACAUUGAAGUAUGCCUGAGAACAUAUAAAAAUGAAUUUGCACAUAGAUACAGUACAAAUUAUCAGUAUCUACAUGAGGAUUAAUGGUUUGUAAGGCAAUUCCAGAAUAACCAGGAGAGAGAUAGGGGAGUGGAUGAAGAGAGAAAAAAAGAGAGAGAAACAGAGACAGAGACAAAGAGGGGGAAAGAAGAGGAGAGAGAAUAAAGAUCUCAUUCAUAUAAGUGUUUCAAUGAUUACAGAAGAUAAAGUUUUGAAAUUCAUUAUUAUUUUAUGUGCAGUUGUAUUAGAAAAUUUUCAAACAGUUGUCUACACCUUGAUUUUCAUUUAUAAAGAUUUUAGAAAAACCA